AUGGCAGAUUUCCAUGGGAAAUGCAUGUCACGUCAGCUUUGUGGUAUGCUGCCUAUAAGUCAAGGUAAAAGCCUUGUAUAUACGGUUCGAGUUCCAGAGAAGAGUUUAUUUGGAGCAACUAAGCAACAAAAAAUGUUCUGUCUUCUGACUCUCGCUGUCCUACUUGUUUCCGUGUAUAGCUACGGAGUACCUAAAGCCGCUUCACCUCCACGUCAUCACUACUAUCCUCGACCGCAGUAUUCUCCCCCAAUCUAUCCUGUCUAUGAACCGUAUUGGUGGCCUCACUGGUGGAGGAGUUCAUCGUCGAGUUCAUCGGAUAGUCGUGAACGAAGACCGAGUUGCAGAAAUUUGAAAACGGACUGCAAGGAUGUGCCGAAUAACCAGAACUGCUUCCAAGCGAAAAUAUCGUAUUACCAUGAGAAGAACUGCAAGAAAGCUACGAUUGACUGUUCGCUGCCCAACAAAAACGUUACAAUGACCACCGAAAACGGAACAGUUCUUGCCUCUGGAUUAGGGACCAGAAAGGUUGCAACUUGCAAAGGAAACAGACGAGAUACAAAAUGGAAGGCUGACGACGCGAAUGGUCGCAAAGUCGAGUUCACCACUGUCCGCUGUUUGCAGUUGUAG